UUGGCGCUCUGGCCACUGCCACACUGCGUGUAGGGAAAAUGAUGGAGUCCGGGAAAUCUUCGGAGCACUCUUUGCACAGCGCCUCCGAGGCGUCAGCUGACUCCGGCAGCCAGACCCACAGCGACGCAUCCACAAUGUCAUCGUUAACGCCCACUAAGCGGGAGCGAGAGCGUCGCAAAUCGCCGGCUACCAGUUCGGACAACACAAGCACCAGCGUUCAGCCGCCCAUGUCGCCGACAUCCUCGGUGGCGGACACCACCUUCGAGCCCACCAUCGAUAUGAUGGUCAACGACUUUGAUGACGAGGCUACUUUGAAUGAGGAGGAGGCUCUGGCGGAUCAGGAGGCACACAGCGCCGAGGAUGAGAUAGCCACGCUGCGCGAAGAGAGCGAGAUGCCCAUUGAGGAGCUGUUGGCCAAGUACGGUGGUGGCAUGGCGUCCUCGCCGGCAGUGGGCAAUUUAAAUCGUUCCGGCAGCUCCUCGCGAAGGGCGCGACGUGCCACCAAGCGGCAGUACCAGGAGCUGGACACAGAGACUGCAAAUACUUCAGGGUCGGGCGUUGUCUCGCACUCAGAACAAACAAACAAUGAGGAUCAACCAGAGCAGCUACAAGAAAAGGAGGAAGAGCCAGUGUUGGAAACAGGAGAUGCUUCCAUGGACACUGAUGAAGCGCCGCCACCACUCCCGCCACCGUCGUCUGAAGCAGCUACCAGGCUGCCGCAUCGCUCUCAUUUGCUCGACCUGUACCCGGAGGAGUCCUUUGCAGAUCUGGCCACCUCUAGCGUCGAGAACGUCGAACGAUUCACACCUCUGCAGGUGCUGUUCGACGAAGUAGAAGCCGACGAGGAGGAGGAGGACAGCGAGUCUGAGUCGAUGGACGAUGCCAGAAAGAUCAUAAUGGUGGGCAAUGACUAUCAGGCGGAGAUACCUGAAGGCCUCUCGCAAUACGGCGACAUAUUGCCGUACGAGAACGAGGAUCAGUUGAUCUGGGAACCCAGCCAGGUCAGUGAACGCGAGGUGGAGGAUUAUCUGGCCAAAAUUCAGGACACACGAGUCACAGUUCCGCCCGAGGAGGGCGCCGACUCAUUGGCAGGGGAUGAAGCUUCUGUUGCCUCGAUAAUUGCAGACGAGGCAGCUCCUCCAGCGGCUGCGCCUCCGGCUCCUCCUCCCGCCACGUCGUCUAGGCCGCUAGCAGUGGGCGAUCAGGAGUCCGUGGUGAAGGACAACGAACAGGCGCUACAUCUGCUCGUCCAAUGCGGCUACGAUUUCAAGGAGGCGCUACGUCGCAAGCGCAUAAACGUUCUGCCUCUUAGCAGCGAUACCAUGAGCAGCUGGUCAGAGGACGAGUGCCUAAAGUUCGAGGAGGGCAUCCAUAAGUUCGGCAAGGACUUCCUUCAGAUACGACAGAACCAGGUGCGCACGCGAACCAUGCGCGAACUGGUCCACUUCUACUAUCUGUGGAAAAAGAGCGAGCGGCGGGACCAAAGCUUUGCCCUAAACGACACCAUCGAUCACAUGGACGUCUUUAUCAAUGAGGCGGGCGCUGGAAAUGGGAAUGGCAAUGGGAUUGGCAACGGCGCCGGUAACAGCAAUAGCAGCUGCUCCCCGCAGAGCAGCAAUGGUCACAGCAAUGGCGAGCUUGUGGUUUUGGAUAAAGACCCCGGCGUUAGUUUACGAAAGUCCUCUAAGAACUAUUCCAUCAUGACGGGAGGACAAGCGGCUGCGACACCACAAUCAAGUGGCAAUCGCAAGCGUGGCACAUCCGGUUCGCUGCCAGUGGAAGAUGAGGAUACCAACGUGGAGAAGGAACCGAACCUGGCCGCUAUGUGAAAGACGACAUCGUCGCCAUAAUCAUCAUCACCAUCAUCACGUUCAUUACCGGGCGCAGGCGCUGGACCGGACAACAUGACCAUUACCAUUACCAUUCAUUAUAAAUAUGCAUACAGUACGUGUAGAGUAUAACCCAUAUGUCUAAAACAUAUAUAUUCCAGAUUUUUAAAUCUCUCAAAAGCCCCGUACAUGAAUUUCUUAAUUGUUAAGAGUGUGUUUGUGAUUCGUCUAUUUGUUACAUGUUCAUGUGUGGAUUCCGGAACCAAGUACUUAUCGCUUGCAUAAGAUACUGUAUAAAGUAUACAUAUAUUUUCGUUAACUGUCAAUAAAUGUAAUUCGUGUGUGUA